CUAUUUCACAAAAGAAGGAAGUGCUGUAAUGCCCUGUGUAUGUACUUUCAACUCUCACCUUCCUCAGAACAUUUCUUGGACGAGAAAUUGCUCCUGAGUCAACGGAUUCAUUUUCUCCUUUUUGUGGUGUCCCGGGAUAUAAAGGUCUUACAUAGGACAUAAGAAAGUCACUUGGCUGAUAUAAAAGGAAGAGAUGGCAAGAAAGAAGUUGAAAAAAUUUACUCCACUAGAGAUUGCGCUCAGCAUUAUUUUGCUUAUAGUGUUCAUCAUUGCUGUGGUUCUAAUUGUGCUUUUAGCUACAAAAGAUCCUGAGACAACUGGUACCCCAGUUCCUAACACCACGGAUGCCCCUGCUUCUGGGACAAGAAGUACCACCCCUGAUUCUGGGACAACAAGUACCACCUCUGAUUCUGGGACAACAAGUACCACUCCUGAUUCUGCUGCGUGCCCAGUAGUAGAUGAACUGGAACGGAUAAAUUGCAUCCCUGACCAGCCACCCACAAAGGCUACAUGUGACCAACGUGGCUGCUGCUGGAAACCUCAGGGAGCCAUAAGUAUUCCUUGGUGCUACUAUUCCAAGAAUCAUGGCUACCAAAUGGAGGGAAAUCUUGUAAACACAAAUGCAGGAUUCACAGCCCAACUGAAAGCUCUGCCUUCUGCAUCCUUGUUUGGAAAUGAUGUUGACAAUGUGCUUCUCACAGCAGAAUACCAGACAUCUAACCGCUUUCAUUUUAAGUUGACUGACCAAACCAAAAACAGAUAUGAAGUACCACAUGAACAUGUACAGUCUUUCAAUGGAAAUGCUGCUACUUCUUUGAACUAUCAAGUGGAGGUCUCCAAACAACCAUUUAGCAUCAAAGUGAUGAGAAGAAGCAACAGUCGUGUUCUGUUUGACUCAAGCAUUGGGCCCCUGCUGUUUGCAGAUCAGUUCCUGCAGCUUUCCAUCCGCCUGCCGAGUGCUAAUGUGUAUGGUCUGGGGGAGCAUGUGCAUCAACAAUACAGGCAUGACAUGAAUUGGAGGACUUGGCCCAUAUUUACCAGGGAUACAAUUCCUAAUGCGGAUGGAACCAACUUGUAUGGUGCUCAGCCAUUCUUCUUGUGCCUUGAAGAUGCUAGCGGAUUAUCUUUUGGGGUGUUCCUGAUGAACAGCAAUGCCAUGGAGGUUGCCCUCCAGCCAACCCCAGCAAUCACUUAUCGCACCAUUGGGGGAAUUCUUGACUUCUAUGUGUUCUUGGGAAACACUCCAGAGCAAGUUGUUCAAGAAUAUCUAGAGCUCAUUGGACGGCCAUCCCUGCCUUCAUACUGGUCACUAGGAUUUCACCUCAGUCGGUAUGAUUACGGAACAUUGGACAAGAUGAAAGAAGUCGUGGACAGAAACCGGGCAGCACAACUCCCUUAUGAUGUUCAGCAUGCUGAUAUUGAUUACAUGGAUGAAAGGAAGGACUUCACUUAUGAUCCAGUGAGCUAUAGAGGCUUCCCUGAUUUUGCUAAGGAGUUGCACAAUAAUGGACAGAAACUCGUCAUCAUUGUGGACCCAGCCAUCUCCAAUGACUCUUCCUCAAGUAAUCGCUAUGGCCCAUUUGACCGGGGUUCAGCAAUGAACAUAUGGGUGAAUAGUUCAGAUGGAGUGAAUCCACUCAUUGGGGAGGUGUGGCCUGGAAGAACUGUGUUUCCUGAUUACACAAAUCCCAACUGUGCUGUUUGGUGGACAAGGGAAUUUGAGCUUUUUUACAAUCAAGUGGAGUUUGAUGGGAUCUGGAUUGAUAUGAAUGAAGUCUCCAACUUUGUUGACGGUUCAGUCUCAGGCUGUUCCACAAACAAUCUCAAUUAUCCACCAUUCACUCCCCGAGUCCUAGAUGGGUACCUGUUCUGCAAGAGUCUUUGCAUGGAUGCAGUGCAGCACUGGGGCCAGCAGUAUGAUGUCCACAACCUUUAUGGCUACUCCAUGGCCAUCGCCACAGCAGAAGCCGUCAAGACAUUGUUUCCAAGCAAGAGAAGUUUCAUCCUAACCCGUUCUACCUUCGCGGGAUCUGGCAAGUUUGCAGCCCAUUGGUUAGGAGACAAUGCAGCCACCUGGAAUGACCUUCAGUGGUCCAUUCCUGGCAUGCUUGAGUUCAACCUUUUUGGUAUCCCAAUGGUGGGUGCAGACAUCUGUGGUUUCACCUCAGAUACCUCUGAGGAGCUCUGCAGGCGGUGGAUGCAGCUAGGAGCAUUUUACCCAUUUUCCAGAAAUCACAAUGGCCAAGGCUUCAAGGACCAGGAUCCUGCCUCCUUCGGACCUGACUCCUUACUGCUGAAUUCCUCCAGGCACUACCUUAACAUCCGCUAUACUCUGUUGCCUUACCUCUACACACUCUUCUACCACGCUCACAGCCGGGGGGAUACGGUGGCCAGGCCCCUCCUGCAUGAGUUCUAUGGAGACAACAACACUUGGGAUAUAUACCGACAGUUUUUAUGGGGGCCAGGCCUUCUCAUCACUCCAGUUCUGGAAGAGGGUGAAGAGAAAGUGACAGCAUAUGUACCUGAUGCAAUCUGGUACGACUAUGAGACUGGGGGCCAAUUGGGAUGGAGAAAGCAAAACAUCGAGAUGGAACUUCCUGGAGACAAGAUUGGGCUUCAUCUACGAGGAGGCUAUAUCUUCCCCAUACAGCAGCCAAGUACAACCACUGUGGCCAGUCGGCAGAAUCCUCUAGGUCUCAUCAUUGCUUUGGAUGAGAACAAAGAAGCAAAAGGGGAGCUUUUUUGGGAUGAUGGCGAAUCAAAGGAUACUGUGCUCAAUAAAGUUUACCUGUUAUGUGAGUUUUCUGUCACUGAAAACAAGUUAGAUGUGACGAUUUCUCAGUCAACCUACCAGGACCCUAAUAACUUAGCAUUUCAGGAGAUUAAAAUACUUGGCACACAGGAACCUACCAACGUUACAGUGAAACACAAUGGUGUCCUCACUCAGACUUCGUCUAAAGUCACUUAUGAUUCUAGUCUGAAGGUUGCCAUUAUCACAGAAAUUAAUCUUGUCCUGGGAGAGGCAUACACGGUGGAGUGGAGCACAACCACAAGGGAUGAAAUAAAAAUAGACUGUUACCCCGAUGCGCAUGGUGUCACUGAAGCAAACUGCAUUGCCCGUGGCUGUGUCUGGGAGGAAUCCAGUACCACAGGGGUCCCAUUUUGCUAUUUUGUCACCGAUCUGUACUCUGUCAGCAAUGUGCAGUAUGACUCACAGGGCGCGAGCGCUGACAUCUCCUUAAAGUCUUCUUCUUACGCCAACGCCUUCCCCUCCACCCCUGUGAGCCCCCUGCGCCUGCAGGUGACCUACCAUAAGGAUGAAAUGCUGCAGUUUAAGAUUUAUGACCCCAACAACAAUCGCUAUGAAGUUCCAGUUCCACUGAACAUACCCACAGUUCCAUCCAGCACCUCUCAGAGUCGACUCUAUGAUGUCCUCAUUAAGGAAAAUCCAUUUGGAAUUGAGAUUCGCAGGAAAAGCACAGGCACUGUAAUCUGGGACUCGCAGGUCCUGGGCUUCACCUUCAAUGACAUGUUCCUCCGCAUCUCCACCCGCCUGCCCUCCUCUUACAUCUAUGGCUUUGGUGAAACGGAGCACACGGCCUUUCGGAGAGACCUGAACUGGCACACGUGGGGCAUGUUUUCCCGAGACCAGCCCCCAGGGUACAAGCUGAAUACCUAUGGUGUCCACCCUUACUACAUGGGACUCGAGGAGGACGGCAAUGCCCACAGUGUGCUGCUGCUGAACAGCAAUGCCAUGGAUGUGACGUUCCAGCCCUUGCCUGCCCUGACAUACCGAACCACGGGGGGAAUUCUGGACUUUUAUGUGUUCUUGGGCCCAACUCCAGAGCUUGUUACCCAGCAGUACACUGAGGUUAUUGGUCGGCCUGUGAUGGUGCCUUACUGGUCCCUGGGGUUCCAGCUAUGUCGCUAUGGAUAUGAGAAUGACUCUGAGAUUGCCAGCCUGUAUGAUGACAUGGUGGCUGCCCAGAUCCCCUAUGACGUGCAGUACUCAGACAUCGACUACAUGGAGCGGCAGCUGGACUUCACUCUCAGCCCCAAGUUUGCUGGGUUACCGGCUCUGAUUGAUCGCCUGAAGGCCGAUGGGAUGCGGGUCAUCCUCAUCUUGGACCCAGCCAUUUCUGGCAAUGAGACGCAGCCCUACCCUGCCUUCACUCGGGGUGUGGAAGAUGAUGUCUUCAUCAAGUACCCAAAUGAUGGAGGCAUUGUCUGGGGAAAGGUUUGGCCUGAUUUCCCUGAUGUUGUUGUUGAUCCCUCUCUAGACUGGGAUAGUCAAGUAGAGCAAUACCGAGCUUAUGUGGCUUUCCCAGACUUUUUCCGUAAUUCAACUGUCCUGUGGUGGAAGAGGGAGAUUCAAGAGCUGUACAACAACACACAGAAUCCAGAGAAGAGCUUGAAAUUUGAUGGCAUGUGGAUUGACAUGAAUGAACCAGCAAGUUUUGUGAAUGGAGCUGUCCCUUCAGGCUGCAGGAAUGGUACUCUGAACCAUCCUCCCUACAUGCCAUAUUUGGAGGACAGAAAUGGUGGCCUAAGCAGUAAGACCCUGUGCAUGGAGGGUGAGCAGAUCCUUCCAGAUGGUUCCAGAGUGCGUCACUACGAUGUGCACAGCCUGUAUGGAUGGUCUCAAACCAGGCCCACCUAUGAAGCCGUGCAGGAGGUGACAGGACAGCGAGGGAUUGUCAUCACCCGCUCCACAUUCCCCUCUUCUGGCCGCUGGGCAGGACACUGGCUGGGAGACAACACGGCCGCGUGGGACCAGCUGAAGAAAUCGAUCAUUGGCAUGAUGGAGUUCAGCCUCUUUGGCAUGUCCUAUACCGGGGCAGACAUCUGUGGGUUCUUUCAAGAUGCCGAUUAUGAGAUGUGUGCUCGCUGGAUGCAGCUGGGGGCCUUUUACCCCUUCUCCAGGAACCACAACACCAUUGGCACCAGGAGACAAGACCCUGUGUCCUGGGAUGCUGCCUUUGUGACUAUUUCAAAAAGUGUGUUGGAGACCAGAUACACCCUGUUGCCUUACCUCUACACCUUGAUGCACAAGGCCCACACAGAGGGCGUCACUGUCGUGAGGCCUCUCCUGCACGAGUUUGUGUCAGACCGUGUGACCUGGGAUGUAGACAGUCAGUUCCUGCUGGGCCCGGCCUUGCUGGUCAGCCCUGUCCUGGAGCCUGAUGCCAGAAGUGUCAAAGCCUAUUUUCCUGGAGCCCACUGGUACGAUUACUACACGGGUGUGAACAUUAAUGCAAGGGGGCAGUGGAAGGAUGUGGCAGCCCCUCUGGACCACAUUAAUCUUCAUGUGCGUGGGGGCUACAUCUUGCCCUUGCAGGAGCCUGCGCUGAACACUCACUUAAGCCGGAGGAAUCCUCUUGGUCUCCUGAUUGCCCUGGAUGAGAACAAAGAAGCAAGAGGGGAGCUCUUCUGGGAUGAUGGCGAAUCAAAGGAUACUGUGGCCAAUAAUGUUUACCUUUUAUGUGAGUUUUCUGCCACCGAAAACCACUUGGAGGUGAAGAUUUCUCAGUCGACCUACAAGGACCCCAAUAAUUUAGCCUUUCAGGAGAUUAAAAUACUUGGAAUAGAGGAACCUAUCAAUGUCACAGUGAAACACAAUGGUGUCCUGAGUCAAGCUUCUCCUAAUGUCACUUAUGAUCCUAAUCUGAAGGUUGCCAUUAUCUCAGAUAUUAAUCUUGUCCUGGGAGAGGCAUACACAGUGGAGUGGAGCCUAAACAUAAAGGACACAGAGAAAAUAGACUGUUACCCAGAUGAGCAUGGCAUUUCUGAAGCAGCCUGCAUUGCCCGUGGCUGUGUGUGGGCGGAAUCCAAUACCUCAGGUGUCCCAUUUUGCUAUUUUGUCACCGAUCUGUACUCUGUCAGCAAUGUGCAGUAUGACUCACAGGGCGCCAGCGCUGACAUCUCCUUAAAGCCUUCUUCUUAUGCCAAUGCCUUCCCCUCCAUCCCUGUGAGCCCCCUGCGCCUGCAAGUGACCUACCAUAAGGAUGAAAUGCUGCAGUUUAAGAUUUAUGAUCCCAACAGCAUUCGUUAUGAAGUCCCAGUACCUCUGAAUCUCCCCAAGAUUCCCUCCAGCACCCCGCAGAGCCGGCUCUAUGAUGUGCUCAUCACCAGUAAUCCAUUUGGGGUAGUAAUUCGCCGGAAGAGUACAGGCACUGUCAUCUGGGACUCGCAGGUCCUGGGCUUCACCUUCAAUGACAUGUUCCUCCGCAUCUCCACCCGCCUGCCCUCCUCUUACAUCUAUGGCUUUGGUGAAACGGAGCACACGGCCUUUCGGAGAGACCUGAACUGGCACACGUGGGGCAUGUUUUCCCGAGACCAGCCCCCAGGGUACAAGCUGAAUACCUAUGGUGUCCACCCUUACUACAUGGGACUCGAGGAGGACGGCAGUGCCCACAGUGUGCUGCUGCUGAACAGCAAUGCCAUGGAUGUGACGUUCCAGCCCAUGCCUGCCCUGACCUACCGCACCACGGGGGGAAUUCUGGACUUUUAUGUGUUCUUGGGCCCAACUCCAGAACUUGUCACUCAGCAGUACACGGAGGUGAUUGGUCGGCCUGUGAUGGUGCCUUACUGGUCCCUGGGAUUCCAGCUGUGUCGCUAUGGUUAUGAGAAUGACUCUGAGAUUGCCAGCCUAUAUGAUGACAUGGUGGCCGCCAAGAUCCCCUAUGACGUGCAGUACUCAGACAUCGACUACAUGGAGCGGCAGCUGGACUUCACUCUCAGCCCCAAGUUUGCUGGGUUACCGGCUCUGAUUGAUCGCCUGAAGGCCGAUGGGAUGCGGGUCAUCCUCAUCUUGGACCCAGCCAUUUCUGGCAAUGAGACGCAGCCCUACCCUGCCUUCACUCGGGGUGUGGAAGAUGAUGUCUUCAUCAAGUAUCCAAAUGAUGGAGGCAUUGUCUGGGGAAAGGUUUGGCCUGAUUUCCCUGAUGUUGUUGUUGAUCCCUCUCUAGACUGGGAUAGUCAAGUAGAGCAAUACCGAGCUUAUGCGGCUUUCCCAGACUUUUUCCGUAAUUCAACUGUCCUGUGGUGGAAGAGGGAGAUUCAAGAGCUGUACAACAACACACAGAAUCCAGAGAAGAGCUUGAAAUUUGACGGCAUGUGGAUUGACAUGAAUGAACCAGCAAGUUUUGUGAAUGGAGCUGUCCCUUCAGGCUGCAGGAAUGGUACUCUGAACCAUCCUCCCUAUAUGCCAUAUUUGGAGGACAGAAAUGGUGGCCUAAGCAGUAAGACUCUGUGCAUGGAGGGUGAGCAGAUCCUUCCAGAUGGUUCCAGAGUGCGUCACUACGAUGUGCACAGCCUGUAUGGAUGGUCUCAAACCAGGCCCACCUAUGAAGCCGUGCAGGAGGUGACAGGACAGCGAGGGAUUGUCAUCACCCGCUCCACAUUCCCCUCUUCUGGCCGCUGGGCAGGACACUGGCUGGGAGACAACACGGCCGCGUGGGACCAGCUGAAGAAAUCGAUCAUUGGCAUGAUGGAGUUCAGCCUCUUUGGCAUGUCCUAUACCGGGGCAGACAUCUGUGGGUUCUUUCAAGAUGCCAAUUAUGAGAUGUGUGCUCGCUGGAUGCAGCUGGGGGCCUUUUACCCCUUCUCCAGGAACCACAACACCAUUGGCACCAGGAGACAAGACCCUGUGUCCUGGGAUGCUGCCUUUGUGACUAUUUCAAAAAGUGUGUUGGAGACCAGAUACACCCUGUUGCCCUACCUCUACACCUUGAUGCACAAGGCCCACACAGAGGGCGUCACUGUCGUGAGGCCUCUCCUGCACGAGUUUGUGUCAGACCGUGUGACCUGGGAUAUAGACAGUCAGUUCCUGCUGGGCCCGGCCUUGCUGGUCAGCCCUGUCCUGGAGCCUGAUGCCAGAAGUGUCAAAGCCUAUUUCCCUGGAGCCCACUGGUACGAUUACUACACGGGUGUGAACAUUAAUGCAAGGGGGCAGUGGAAGGAUGUGGCAGCCCCUCUGGACCACAUUAAUCUUCAUGUGCGUGGGGGCUACAUCUUGCCCUUGCAGGAGCCUGCGCUGAACACUCACUUAAGCCGGAAGAAUCCUCUUGGUCUCCUGAUUGCCCUGGAUGAGAACAAAGAAGCAAGAGGGGAGCUCUUCUGGGAUGAUGGCGAAUCAAAGGAUACUGUGGCCAAUAACGUUUACCUUUUAUGUGAGUUUUCUGCCACCCAAAACCGCUUGGAGGUGAAGAUUUCUCAGUCGACCUACAAGGACCCCAAUAAUUUAGCCUUUCAGGAGAUUAAAAUACUUGGAAUAGAGGAACCUAUCAAUGUCACAGUGAAACACAAUGGUGUCCUGAGUCAAGCUUCUCCUAAUGUCACUUAUGAUCCUAAUCUGAAGGUUGCCAUUAUCUCAGAUAUUAAUCUUGUCCUGGGAGAGGCAUACACAGUGGAGUGGAGCCUAAACAUAAAGGACACAGAGAAAAUAGACUGUUACCCAGAUGAGCAUGGCAUUUCUGAAGCAGCCUGCAUUGCCCGUGGCUGUGUGUGGGCGGAAUCCAAUACCUCAGGUGUCCCAUUUUGCUAUUUUGUCACCGAUCUGUACUCUGUCAGCAAUGUGCAGUAUGACUCACAGGGCGCCAGCGCUGACAUCUCCUUAAAGUCUUCUUCUUAUGCCAACGCCUUCCCCUCCACCCCUGUGAGCCCCCUGCGCCUGCAAGUGACCUACCAUAAGGAUGAAAUGCUGCAGUUUAAGAUUUAUGAUCCCAACAGCAUUCGUUAUGAAGUCCCAGUACCUCUGAAUCUCCCCAAGAUUCCCUCCAGCACCCCGCAGAGCCGGCUCUAUGAUGUGCUCAUCACCAGUAAUCCAUUUGGGGUAGUAAUUCGCCGGAAGAGUACAGGCACUGUCAUCUGGGACUCGCAGGUCCUGGGCUUCACCUUCAAUGACAUGUUCCUCCGCAUCUCCACCCGCCUGCCCUCCUCUUACAUCUAUGGCUUUGGUGAAACGGAGCACACGGCCUUUCGGAGAGACCUGAACUGGCACACGUGGGGCAUGUUUUCCCGAGACCAGCCCCCAGGGUAUAAGCUGAAUACCUAUGGCGUCCACCCUUACUACAUGGGACUCGAGGAGGACGGCAGUGCCCACAGUGUGCUGCUGCUGAACAGCAAUGCCAUGGAUGUGACGUUCCAGCCCAUGCCUGCCCUGACCUACCGCACCACGGGGGGAAUUCUGGACUUUUAUGUGUUCUUGGGCCCAACUCCAGAACUUGUCACUCAGCAGUACACGGAGGUGAUUGGUCGGCCUGUGAUGGUGCCUUACUGGUCCCUGGGAUUCCAGCUGUGUCGCUAUGGAUAUGAGAAUGACUCUGAGAUUGCCAGCCUAUAUGAUGACAUGGUGGCCGCCAAGAUCCCCUAUGACGUGCAGUACUCAGACAUCGACUACAUGGAGCGGCAGCUGGACUUCACUCUCAGCCCCAAGUUUGCUGGGUUACCGGCUCUGAUUGAUCGCCUGAAGGCCGAUGGGAUGCGGGUCAUCCUCAUCUUGGACCCAGCCAUUUCUGGCAAUGAGACGCAGCCCUACCCUGCCUUCACUCGGGGUGUGGAAGAUGAUGUCUUCAUCAAGUAUCCAAAUGAUGGAGGCAUUGUCUGGGGAAAGGUUUGGCCUGAUUUCCCCGAUGUUGUUGUUGAUCCCUCUCUAGACUGGGAUAGUCAAGUAGAGCAAUACCGAGCUUAUGCGGCUUUCCCAGACUUUUUCCGUAAUUCAACUGUCCUGUGGUGGAAGAGGGAGAUUCAAGAGCUGUACAACAACACACAGAAUCCAGAGAAGAGCUUGAAAUUUGACGGCAUGUGGAUUGACAUGAAUGAACCAGCAAGUUUUGUGAAUGGAGCUGUCCCUUCAGGCUGCAGGAAUGGUACUCUGAACCAUCCUCCCUAUAUGCCAUAUUUGGAGGACAGAAAUGGUGGCCUAAGCAGUAAGACCCUGUGCAUGGAGGGUGAGCAGAUCCUUCCAGAUGGUUCCAGAGUGCGUCACUACGAUGUGCACAGCCUGUAUGGAUGGUCUCAAACUAGGCCCACCUAUGAAGCCGUGCAGGAGGUGACAGGACAGCGAGGGAUUGUCAUCACCCGCUCCACAUUCCCCUCUUCUGGCCGCUGGGCAGGACACUGGCUGGGAGACAACACGGCCGCGUGGGACCAGCUGAAGAAAUCGAUCAUUGGCAUGAUGGAGUUCAGCCUCUUUGGCAUGUCCUAUACCGGGGCAGACAUCUGUGGGUUCUUUCAAGAUGCCGAUUAUGAGAUGUGUGCUCGCUGGAUGCAGCUGGGGGCCUUUUACCCCUUCUCCAGGAACCACAACACCAUUGGCACCAGGAGACAAGACCCUGUGUCCUGGGAUGCUGCCUUUGUGACUAUUUCAAAAAGUGUGUUGGAGACCAGAUACACCCUGUUGCCCUACCUCUACACCUUGAUGCACAAGGCCCACACAGAGGGCGUCACUGUCGUGAGGCCUCUCCUGCACGAGUUUGUGUCAGACCGUGUGACCUGGGAUGUAGACAGUCAGUUCCUGCUGGGCCCGGCCUUGCUGGUCAGCCCUGUCCUGGAGCCUGAUGCCAGAAGUUUCAAAGCCUAUUUCCCUGGAGCCCACUGGUACGAUUACUACACGGGUGUGAACAUUAAUGCAAGGGGGCAGUGGAAGGAUGUGGCAGCCCCUCUGGACCACAUUAAUCUUCAUGUGCGUGGGGGCUACAUCUUGCCCUUGCAGGAGCCUGCGCUGAACACUCACUUAAGCCGGAAGAAUCCUCUUGGUCUCCUGAUUGCCCUGGAUGAGAACAAAGAAGCAAGAGGGGAGCUCUUCUGGGAUGAUGGCGAAUCAAAGGAUACUGUGGCCAAUCAUGUUUACCUUUUAUGUGACUUUUCUGCCACCCAAAACCGCUUGGAGGUGAAGAUUUCUCAGUCGACCUACAAGGACCCCAAUAAUUUAGCCUUUCAGGAGAUUAAAAUACUUGGAAUAGAGGAACCUAUCAAUGUCACAGUGAAACACAAUGGUGUCCUGAGUCAAGCUUCUCCUAAUGUCACUUAUGAUCCUAAUCUGAAGGUUGCCAUUAUCUCAGAUAUUAAUCUUGUCCUGGGAGAGGCAUACACAGUGGAGUGGAGCCUAAACAUAAAGGACACAGAGAAAAUAGACUGUUACCCAGAUGAGCAUGGCAUUUCUGAAGCAGCCUGCAUUGCCCGUGGCUGUGGGUGGGCGGAAUCCAAUACCUCAGGUGUCCCAUUUUGCUAUUUUGUCACCGAUCUGUACUCUGUCAGCAAUGUGCAGUAUGACUCACAGGGCGCCAGCGCUGACAUCUCCUUAAAGUCUUCUUCUUAUGCCAACGCCUUCCCCUCCACCCCUGUGAGCCCCCUGCGCCUGCAAGUGACCUACCAUAAGGAUGAAAUGCUGCAGUUUAAGAUUUAUGAUCCCAACAGCAUUCGUUAUGAAGUCCCAGUACCUCUGAAUCUCCCCAAGAUUCCCUCCAGCACCCCGCAGAGCCGGCUCUAUGAUGUGCUCAUCACCAGUAAUCCAUUUGGGGUAGUAAUUCGCCGGAAGAGUACAGGCACUGUCAUCUGGGACUCGCAGGUCCUGGGCUUCACCUUCAAUGACAUGUUCCUCCGCAUCUCCACCCGCCUGCCCUCCUCUUACAUCUAUGGCUUUGGUGAAACGGAGCACACGGCCUUUCGGAGAGACCUGAACUGGCACACGUGGGGCAUGUUUUCCCGAGACCAGCCCCCAGGGUACAAGCUGAAUACCUAUGGCGUCCACCCUUACUACAUGGGACUCGAGGAGGACGGCAGUGCCCACAGUGUGCUGCUGCUGAACAGCAAUGCCAUGGAUGUGACGUUCCAGCCCAUGCCUGCCCUGACCUACCGCACCACGGGGGGAAUUCUGGACUUUUAUGUGUUCUUGGGCCCAACUCCAGAACUUGUCACUCAGCAGUACACGGAGGUGAUUGGUCGGCCUGUGAUGGUGCCUUACUGGUCCCUGGGAUUCCAGCUGUGUCGCUAUGGAUAUGAGAAUGACUCUGAGAUUGCCAGCCUAUAUGAUGACAUGGUGGCCGCCAAGAUCCCCUAUGACGUGCAGUACUCAGACAUCGACUACAUGGAGCGGCAGCUGGACUUCACUCUCAGCCCCAAGUUUGCUGGGUUACCGGCUCUGACUGAUCGCCUGAAGGCCGAUGGGAUGCGGGUCAUCCUCAUCUUGGACCCAGCCAUUUCUGGCAAUGAGACGCAGCCCUACCCUGCCUUCACUCGGGGUGUGGAAGAUGAUGUCUUCAUCAAGUACCCAAAUGAUGGAGGCAUUGUCUGGGGAAAGGUUUGGCCUGAUUUCCCCGAUGUUGUUGUUGAUCCCUCUCUAGACUGGGAUAGUCAAGUAGAGCAAUACCGAGCUUAUGUGGCUUUCCCAGACUUUUUCCGUAAUUCAACUGUCCUGUGGUGGAAGAGGGAGAUUCAAGAGCUGUACAACAACACACAGAAUCCAGAGAAGAGCUUGAAAUUUGACGGCAUGUGGAUUGACAUGAAUGAACCAGCAAGUUUUGUGAAUGGAGCUGUCCCUUCAGGUUGCAGGAAUGGUACUCUGAACCAUCCUCCCUACAUGCCAUAUUUGGAGGACAGAAAUGGUGGCCUAAGCAGUAAGACCCUGUGCAUGGAGGGUGAGCAGAUCCUUCCAGAUGGUUCCAGAGUGCGUCACUACGAUGUGCACAGCCUGUAUGGAUGGUCUCAAACUAGGCCCACCUAUGAAGCCGUGCAGGAGGUGACAGGACAGCGAGGGAUUGUCAUCACCCGCUCCACAUUCCCCUCUUCUGGCCGCUGGGCAGGACACUGGCUGGGAGACAACACGGCCGCGUGGGACCAGCUGAAGAAAUCGAUCAUUGGCAUGAUGGAGUUCAGCCUCUUUGGCAUGUCCUAUACCGGGGCAGACAUCUGUGGGUUCUUUCAAGAUGCCGAUUAUGAGAUGUGUGCUCGCUGGAUGCAGCUGGGGGCCUUUUACCCCUUCUCCAGGAACCACAACACCAUUGGCACCAGGAGACAAGACCCUGUGUCCUGGGAUGCUGCCUUUGUGACUCUUUCAAAAAGUGUGUUGGAGACCAGAUACACCCUGUUGCCCUACCUCUACACCUUGAUGCACAAGGCCCACACAGAGGGCGUCACUGUCGUGAGGCCUCUCCUGCACGAGUUUGUGUCAGACCGUGUGACCUGGGAUGUAGACAGUCAGUUCCUGCUGGGCCCGGCCUUGCUGGUCAGCCCUGUCCUGGAGCCUGAUGCCAGAAGUGUCAAAGCCUAUUUCCCUGGAGCCCACUGGUACGAUUACUACACGGGUGUGAACAUUAAUGCAAGGGGGCAGUGGAAGGAUGUGGCAGCCCCUCUGGACCACAUUAAUCUUCAUGUGCGUGGGGGCUACAUCUUGCCCUUGCAGGAGCCUGCGCUGAACACUCACUUAAGCCGGAAGAAUCCUCUUAGUCUCUUGAUUGCCCUGGAUGAGAACAAAGAAGCAAGAGGGGAGCUCUUCUGGGAUGAUGGCGAAUCAAAGGAUACUGUGGCCAAUAAUGUUUACCUUUUAUGUGAGUUUUCUGCCACCCAAAACCGCUUGGAGGUGAAGAUUUCUCAGUCGACCUACAAGGACCCCAAUAAUUUAGCAUUUCAGGAGAUUAAAAUACUUGGAAUAGAGGAACCUAUCAAUGUCACAGUGAAGCACAAUGGUGUCCUGAGUCAAGCUUCUCCUAAUGUCACUUAUGAUCCUAAUCUGAAGGUUGCCAUUAUCUCAGAUAUUAAUCUUGUCCUGGGAGAGGCAUACACAGUGGAGUGGAGCCUAAACAUAAAGGACACAGAGAAAAUAGACUGUUACCCAGAUGAGCAUGGCAUUUCUGAAGCAGCCUGCAUUGCCCGUGGCUGUGUGUGGGCGGAAUCCAAUACCUCAGGUGUCCCAUUUUGCUAUUUUGUCACCGAUCUGUACUCUGUCAGCAAUGUGCAGUAUGACUCACAGGGCGCCAGCGCUGACAUCUCCUUAAAGUCUUCUUCUUAUGCCAACACCUUCCCCUCCACCCCUGUGAGCCCCCUGCGCCUGCAGGUGACCUACCAUAAGGAUGAAAUGCUGCAGUUUAAGAUUUAUGAUCCCAACAGCAUUCGUUAUGAAGUCCCAGUACCUCUGAAUCUCCCCAAGAUUCCCUCCAGCACCCCGCAGAGCCGGCUCUAUGAUGUGCUCAUCACCAGUAAUCCAUUUGGAGUAGUAAUUCGCCGGAAGAGUACAGGCACUGUAAUCUGGGACUCGCAGGUCCUGGGCUUCACCUUCAAUGACAUGUUCCUCCGCAUCUCCACCCGCCUGCCCUCCUCUUACAUCUAUGGCUUUGGUGAAACGGAGCACACGGCCUUUCGGAGAGACCUGAACUGGCACACGUGGGGCAUGUUUUCCCGAGACCAGCCCCCAGGGUACAAGCUGAAUACCUAUGGUGUCCACCCUUACUACAUGGGACUCGAGGAGGACGGCAGUGCCCACAGUGUGCUGCUGCUGAACAGCAAUGCCAUGGAUGUUACAUUCCAGCCCAUGCCUGCCCUGACAUACCGCACCACGGGGGGAAUUCUGGACUUUUAUGUGUUCUUGGGCCCAACUCCAGAACUUGUCACUCAGCAGUACACGGAGGUGAUUGGUCGGCCUGUGAUGGUGCCUUACUGGUCCCUGGGAUUCCAGCUGUGUCGCUAUGGAUAUGAGAAUGACUCUGAGAUUGCCAGCCUGUAUGAUGACAUGGUGGCUGCUAAGAUCCCCUAUGACGUGCAGUACUCAGACAUCGACUACAUGGAGCGCCAGCUGGACUUCACUCUCAGCCCCAAGUUUGCUGGGUUACCGGCUCUGAUUGAUCGCCUGAAGGCCGAUGGGAUGCGGGUCAUCCUCAUCUUGGACCCAGCCAUUUCUGGCAAUGAGACGCAGCCCUACCCUGCCUUCACUCGGGGUGUGGAAGAUGAUGUCUUCAUCAAGUACCCAAAUGAUGGAGGCAUUGUCUGGGGAAAGGUCUGGCCCGAUUAUCCCAAUAUUGUUAUUAACAGCUCUCUAGACUGGGAGAGUGAAGUUGAGGAAUAUCGAGCUUAUGCGGCUUUCCCAGACUUUUUCCGUAAUUCAACUAUCCUGUGGUGGAAGAGAGAAAUUGAAGAGCUACACAACAACACACAGAACCCUGAGAAGAGCUUGAAGUUUGAUGGCUUGUGGAUUGAUAUGAAUGAGCCAGCCAGCUUUGUGAAUGGAGCUGUCCCUUCAGGUUGCACAGAUACUUCUCUGAAUCAUCCUCCCUACAUGCCAUAUUUGGAGGACAGAAAUGGGGGCCUAAGCAGUAAGACCCUGUGCAUGGAGGGUGAGCAGAUUCUUUCAGAUGGUUCCAGAGUGCGUCACUACGAUGUGCACAGCCUGUAUGGAUGGUCUCAGACCAGGCCCACCUAUGAAGCCGUGCAGGAGGUGACAGGACAGCGAGGGAUUGUCAUCACCCGCUCCACAUUCCCCUCUUCUGGCCGCUGGGCAGGACACUGGCUGGGAGACAACACAGCCGCGUGGGACCAGCUGAAGAAAUCGAUCAUUGGCAUGAUGGAGUUCAGCCUCUUUGGCAUUUCCUAUACCGGGGCAGACAUCUGUGGGUUCUUUCAAGAUGCCGAAUAUGAGAUGUGUGCUCGCUGGAUGCAGCUGGGAGCCUUUUACCCCUUCUCCAGGAACCACAACACCAUUGGCACCAGGAGACAAGACCCUGUGUCCUGGGAUGCUGCCUUUGUGACUAUUUCAAAAAGUGUGUUGGAGACCAGAUACACCCUGUUGCCCUACCUGUACACCUUGAUGCACAAGGCCCACACAGAGGGUGUCACUGUCGUGAGGCCUCUCCUGCACGAGUUUGUGUCAGACCGUGUGACCUGGGAUGUAGACAGUCAGUUCCUGCUGGGCCCGGCCUUGCUGGUCAGCCCUGUCCUGGAGCCUAAUGCCAGAAGUGUCAAUGCUUAUUUCCCUGGAGCCCGCUGGUAUGAUUACUACAUGGGUGUGGACAUUAAUACAAGGGGGCAGUGGAAGGACUUGGCAGCUCCUCUGGACCACAUUAAUCUUCAUGUGCGUGGAGGCUACAUCCUGCCCUUGCAGGAGCCUGCACUGAACACUCACUUAAGCCGGAAGAAUCCUCUUGGUCUCCUGAUUGCCCUGGAUGAGAACAAAGAAGCAAGAGGGGAGCUCUUCUGGGAUGAUGGCGAAUCAAAGGAUACUGUGGCCAAUAAUGUUUACCUUUUAUGUGAGUUUUCUGCCACCCAAAACCACCUGGAGGUGAAGAUUUCUCAGUCGACCUACAAGGACCCCAAUAAUUUAGCAUUUCAGGAGAUUAAAAUACUUGGAAUAGAGGAACCUAUCAAUGUCACAGUGAAGCACAAUGGUGUCCUGAGUCAAGCUUCUCCUAAUGUCACUUAUGAUCCUAAUCUGAAGGUUGCCAUUAUCUCAGAUAUUAAUCUUGUCCUGGGAGAGGCAUACACAGUGGAGUGGAGCCUAAACAUAAAGGACACAGAGAAAAUAGACUGUUACCCAGAUGAGCGUGGCAUUUCUGAAGCAGCCUGCAUUGCCCGUGGCUGUGGGUGGGCGGAAUCUAAUACCACAGGGGUCCCAUUUUGCUAUUUUGUCACCGAUCUGUACUCUGUCAGCAAUGUGCAGUAUGACUCACAGGGCGCCAGCGCUGACAUCUCCUUAAAGUCUUCUCAUGCCAACGCCUUCCCCUCCACCCCUGUGAGCCCCCUGCGCCUGCAGGUGACCUACCAUAAGGAUGAAAUGCUGCAGUUUAAGAUUUAUGAUCCCAACAACAUUCGUUAUGAAGUCCCAGUCGCUCUGAAUAUCCCCACGAUUCCUUCCAGCACCCCGGAGAGCCGGCUGUAUGAUGUCCUCAUCACCAGUAAUCCAUUUGGGGUAGUAAUUCGCCGGAAGAGUACAGGCACUGUCAUCUGGGACUCGCAGGUCCUGGGCUUCACCUUCAAUGACAUGUUCCUCCGCAUCUCCACCCGCCUGCCCUCCUCUUACAUCUAUGGCUUUGGUGAAACGGAGCACACGGCCUUUCGGAGAGACCUGAACUGGCACACGUGGGGCAUGUUUUCCCGAACCCAGCCCCCAGGGUACAAGGUGAAUUCCUAUGGUGUCCACCCUUACUACAUGGGACUUGAGGAGGACGGCAGUGCCCACAGUGUGCUGCUGCUGAAUAGCAAUGCCAUGGAUGUGACGUUCCAGCCCAUGCCUGCCCUGACAUACCGCACCACAGGGGGAAUUCUGGACUUUUAUGUGUUCUUGGGCCCAACUCCAGAACUUGUCACUCAGCAGUACACUGAGGUGAUUGGUCGGCCUGUGAUGGUGCCUUACUGGUCCCUGGGAUUCCAGCUGUGUCGCUAUGGAUAUGAGAAUGACUCUGAGAUUGCCAGCCUGUAUGAUGACAUGGUGGCUGCUAAGAUCCCCUAUGACGUGCAGUACUCAGACAUCGACUACAUGGAGCGACAGCUGGACUUCACUCUCAGCCCCAAGUUUGCUGGGUUACCGGCUCUGAUUGAUCGCCUGAAGGCCGAUGGGAUGCGGGUCAUCCUCAUCUUGGACCCAGCCAUUUCUGGCAAUGAGACGCAGCCCUACCCUGCCUUCACUCGGGGUGUGGAAGAUGAUGUCUUCAUCAAGUACCCAAAUGAUGGAGGCAUUGUCUGGGGAAAGGUUUGGCCUGAUUUCCCUGAUGUUGUUGUUGAUCCCUCUCUAGACUGGGAUAGUCAAGUAGAGCGAUACCGAGCUUAUGUGGCUUUCCCAGACUUUUUCCGUAAUUCAACUGUCCUGUGGUGGAAGAGGGAGAUUCAAGAGCUGUACAACAACACACAGAAUCCAGAGAAGAGCUUGAAAUUUGACGGCAUGUGGAUUGACAUGAAUGAACCAGCAAGUUUUGUGAAUGGAGCUGUCCCUUCAGGCUGCAGGAAUGGUACUCUGAACCAUCCUCCCUACAUGCCAUAUUUGGAGGACAGAAAUGGUGGCCUAAGCAGUAAGACCCUGUGCAUGGAGGGUGAGCAGAUCCUUCCAGAUGGUUCCAGAGUGCGUCACUACGAUGUGCACAGCCUGUAUGGAUGGUCUCAAACCAGGCCCACCUAUGAAGCCGUGCAGGAGGUGACAGGACAGCGAGGAAUUGUCAUCACCCGCUCCACAUUCCCCUCUUCUGGCCGCUGGGCAGGACACUGGCUGGGAGACAAUAUGGCUGCAUGGGACCAGCUGAAGAAAUCGAUCAUUGGCAUGAUGGAGUUCAGCCUCUUUGGCAUGUCCUAUACCGGGGCAGACAUCUGUGGGUUCUUUCAAGAUGCCGAAUAUGAGAUGUGUGCUCGCUGGAUGCAGCUGGGAGCCUUUUACCCCUUCUCCAGGAACCACAACUAUAUUGGCACCAGGAGACAAGACCCUGUGUCCUGGGAUGCUGCCUUUGUGACUCUUUCAAAAAGUGUGUUGGAGACCAGAUACACCCUGUUGCCCUACCUCUACACCUUGAUGCACAAGGCACACACAGAGGGCGUAACUGUCGUGAGGCCUCUCCUGCACGAGUUUGUGUCAGACCGUGUGACCUGGGAUGUGGAUAGUCAGUUCCUGCUGGGCCCGGCCUUGCUGGUCAGCCCUGUCCUGGAGCCUGAUGCCAGAAGUGUCAAUGCUUAUUUCCCUGGAGCCCGCUGGUAUGAUUACUACACAGGCAUGGACAUUAAUGCAAGGGGACAGUGGAAAGACUUGGAAGCCCCUCUGGACCACAUUAAUCUUCAUGUGCGUGGGGGCAACAUCCUUCCCUUGCAGGAGCCUGCGCUGAACACACACUUAAGUCGUAAGAAUCCUCUUGGUCUCCUUGUUGCUCUGGAUGAGAACAAAGAAGCAAGAGGGGAGCUCUUCUGGGAUGAUGGCGAAUCAAAGGAUACUGUGACCAAUAAUGUUUAUCUUUUAUGUGAGCUUUCUGCCACCCAAAACUGCUUGGAGGUGAAGAUUUCUCAGUCGACCUACAAGGACCCAAAUAAUUUAGCAUUUCAGGAGAUUAAAAUAUUUGGGACAGAGGAACCUGCCAAUGUUAUAGUGAAACACAAUGGUGUCCUGACUCAGGCUUCUCCUAAAGUUGCUUAUGAUUCUAAUCUGAAGGUUGCCAUUAUUUCAGAAAUUAAUCUUAUCCUAGGAGAGGCAUACACAGUGGAGUGGAACAUAACCAUAAAGGAUGCAGAAAAAAUAGACUGUUAUCCUGAUGAGCAUGGCUCUUCUGAAACAAACUGCAUUGCCCGUGGCUGUGUCUGGGAGGAAUCCAGUACCCUAGGGGUCCCAUUUUGCUAUUUUGUCACCGAUCUGUACUCUGUCAGCAAUGUGCAGUAUGACUCACAGGGCGCCAGCGCUGACAUCUCCUUAAAGUCUUCUUCUUAUGCCAAUGCCUUCCCCUCCACCCCUGUGAGCACCCUGCGCCUGCAGGUGACCUACCAUAAGGAUGAAAUGCUGCAGUUUAAGAUUUAUGAUCCUAAUAACAAUCGCUAUGAAGUUCCAGUUCCACUGAACAUACCCAGGGUUCCAUCCAGCACCUCCCAGGGUCGACUCUAUGAUGUUCUCAUUACAAAGAAUCCAUUUGGUGUUGUAAUUCGCCGUAGGAGCACAGGCACUGUAAUUUGGGAUUCACAGAUCCUGGGCUUCACCUUCAAUGACAUGUUCCUCCGCAUCUCCACCCGCCUGCCCUCCUCUUACAUCUAUGGCUUUGGUGAAACAGAGCACACAGCUUUUCGGAGAGACCUGAACUGGCAUACGUGGGGCAUGUUUUCCCGAGACCAGCCCCCAGGGUACAAGCUGAAUUCCUAUGGUGUCCACCCCUACUACAUGGGACUUGAGGAGGAUGGCAGUGCCCACAGUGUGCUCCUGCUGAACAGCAAUGCUAUGGAUGUGACAUUCCAACCCAUGCCUGCCCUGACAUACCGCACCACAGGGGGAAUUCUGGACUUUUAUGUGUUCUUGGGCCCAACUCCAGAGCUUGUUACCCAGCAGUACACUGAGGUGAUUGGUCGGCCUGUGAUGGUGCCUUACUGGUCCCUGGGAUUCCAGCUGUGUCGCUAUGGAUAUGAGAGUGACUCUGAGAUUUCCAGGCUGUAUGACGACAUGGUGGCCGCCAAGAUCCCCUAUGACGUGCAGUACUCAGACAUCGACUACAUGGAGCGGCAGCUGGACUUCACCCUGAGCCCCAAGUUUGCUGGGUUUCCAGCUCUGAUCAAUCGCAUGAAGGCAGAUGGGAUGCGAGUCAUCCUCAUUCUGGACCCAGCCAUUUCUGGCAAUGAGACGCAGCCCUACCCUGCCUUCACUCGGGGUGUGAAAGAUGAUGUCUUCAUCAAGUAUCCAAAUGAUGGAGGCAUUGUCUGGGGAAAGGUUUGGCCUGAUUUCCCUGAUGUUGUUAUUGACCCCUCUCUAAGCAAGAAUGAUCAAAUAGAGCGAUACAGAGCUUACGUGGCCUUCCCAGACUUCUUCCAUAAUUCAACUGUCUUUUGGUGGAAGAGGGAAAUUCAAGAGCUGUACAACAACACACAGAAUCCAGAGAAGAGCUUGAAAUUUGAUGGUUUGUGGAUUGAUAUGAAUGAACCAUCAAGCUUUGUGAAUGGAGCCGUCCCUUCAGGCUGCAGGGAUGAUACUCUGAACCAUCCUCCCUACAUGCCAUAUCUGAAGGCCAGAGGCAGGGGCCUAAGUAGCCAGACCCUGUGCAUGGAGGGUGAGCAGAUCCUUCCAGAUGGCUCCAGAGUGCGUCACUAUGAUGUGCACAGCCUGUAUGGAUGGUCUCAAACCAGGCCCACCUAUGAAGCCGUGCAGGAGGUGACAGGACAGCGAGGAAUUGUCAUCACCCGCUCCACAUUCCCCUCUUCUGGCCGCUGGGCAGGACAUGGGCUGGGAGACAACAGGGCCGCAUGGGACCAGCUAAAGAAAUCGAUCAUUGGCAUGAUGGAGUUCAGCCUCUUUGGCAUUUCCUAUACUGGGGCAGAUAUAUGUGGGUUCUUACAAGAUGCUGAAUACGAGAUGUGUGCUCGCUGGAUGCAGCUGGGGGCCUUUUACCCUUUCUCCAGGAACCACAACACCAUUGGCACCAGGAGACAAGACCCUGUGUCCUGGGAUGCUGCCUUUGUGACUAUUUCAAAAAGUGUGUUGGAGACCAGAUACACCCUGUUGCCCUACCUCUAUACCUUGAUGCACAAGGCCCACACAGAGGGCGUCACUGUCGUGAGGCCUCUCCUGCACGAGUUUGUGUCUGACCGGGUGACCUGGGAUGUAGACAGUCAGUUCCUGCUGGGUCCUGCCUUGCUGGUCAGCCCUGUCCUGGAGCCUAAUGCCAGAAAUGUCAAUGCGUAUUUCCCUGGAGCCCGCUGGUAUGAUUACUACACGGGGGUAGACAUUAAUGCAAGGGGCCAGUGGAAGGACUUGCCAGCCCCUCUGGACCACAUUAAUCUUCAUGUGCGUGGGGGCUACAUCCUGCCAUGGCAGCAGCCUGCACUGAACACUCACAUCAGCCGUCAGAAAUUCAUGGGCUUCAAAGUGGCCUUAGAUGAUGCAGGAACUGCUGAAGGAUGGCUUUUCUGGGAUGAUGGACAGAGCACUGAUUCCUAUGAAAAAGAACUCUAUUACUUGGCCAGAUUUUCUGUCAGCCAGAAUACAAUGCAAAGCCAUGUAAUUUUAAACAAUUUCAUCGUUGAUACAAACCCUUUGAAAUUGGGCUACAUUGAAAUCUGGGGAGUGGGCAGUGUCUCCAUUAGCAACGUGACCAUCUCUGUGAGGAAUGUGGAUAUACCACUCCCUGUCAGCUACAACCCUACCACACAGGUGUUGAAUAUCGACGUGACCAGAGAAAGCAUUAGCCUGCAAGAUUUCAUUUCAUUGACAUGGAAAAGCUCUCUGUAAAUUUUUAGGACAAUAUCCUAACUAUAAUGAUUAUUGGAUCAUUCCCAGUAUGGAUAAAAUUCUUGACUGAUUUUAUUGUAUGUUUUGUCUGUAACCUAAUGGUUAAAUAUUUGCUCUGAGGCAUAGACAGUAGAGUGGUGUGGAAAAAAAUUCUAUGGUUAAUUAAUGUUCCAGAGUGAUUAGUAUAGUAUAGAUGGUUCAUCAGGUGGCAGGUAUAGGAGAUGAACUGGGUCUAGGAUGAAGUAUGUGUCCAUGUUUAUGUGGGUGUGAUUGAUCAUGGAAUGGGCCCCUCACUUGCUAAAGGCAUAACAAAAAGCUUGCCAUGACAGCUCUUGGCCUUGAAGCUAGCCAAUGGCUCAAGAGAGAAUCUAGAAAGAACAUCUGCUCAUUGAGUAUAGGGUGGAGGAAACAACAUGCUACAGCAUGAUACAAGCAGGAAAAAAAGGCAACUAGAGGAAAGGUGAGCCAGGAAGAUGCAACAACAGUGACCUCAGUGGCCUUAAGGAGAAGAAGAAGGAAGUCACCUUGGCUGAAAGAGAGAAGAGAAGCUUGAGGAAAUCAUGAGCUAGAGGGAACAGGAUGAGAUUUAAGCAGGCAAAUGUGAAGAGAAGGAAUUUGAAUAUAAAAAUAAUUUAUUUUCACAGAUGUGCUUUGGAAUAUAUAAAUCUUAUUUCUCUACCCUGCCUAAUGUAUAUAAUGACAUUCCACACAAACACAUGCAAUUUUUUGCCAGAGAAAAAGAAAAUAAAUGAAUUUACAAGAAA